AGGGGGGGGGGGGUCUAAUUAAAGAAUAUCAAUUUUGCGGGUGAUUCCUGCACACUGAAUGUUUUACCAUGGUCCACAGUGGGUUAGAGGGUAGCUGCCGCUCACCGGAAAUGAAAUUUCACAAGAAAUUCUAGUUUACGAGCAGUCCACAAAGGCAGCAUCAGAAACCGUCAGAUUCACUUCACACGUCGACAUCCAUCACACACACUGUGGAGAGGCAGUGAAGUCACAGAGGCAGUGAAACCCAGGCUCCAGGUUUCGAGUCCACGUUCCAGGCGUGCCGCUCCUCCGUUGCGCUCUGCUGCAGGCUUUCCUCUCUCCAAUAGCGGCGUGGGAGAGAUGCGACAUCUCGGCGGUGAAGAAGCAGGAGACGAUCAUCAGCAAACACCUGAGAGCAGCGACUGAGUUUGUUUCUCUGCCGUCAGAGUAGAAGGGUUCUUAUUGCUCUCAUCAUUAUGACUGAUGGGGAUUAUGACUACCUUAUAAAGCUCCUGGCUCUGGGGGACUCCGGCGUGGGAAAGACCACCUUCCUGUACCGAUACACAGACAACAAGUUCAAUCCUAAGUUCAUCACCACAGUCGGCAUCGACUUCAGGGAAAAAAGAGUGGUUUACACAGCAGCCAGCCCUAAUGGCAUGACCACAGGGAAAACUUUCAAGGUUCACCUUCAGCUCUGGGACACAGCUGGACAAGAGAGGUGAGACCAGAGUCCAUGAAGU